AUGAAUGGAAAGAAGCCUAUUUCUAUGAUAACUGAUCAAGAUUUAGCUAUUGGAGCAGCUGUUGCCAAGGUAUUUCCAGAGACACGUCAUCGUCUAUGCUUGUGGCACAUCAGAAAGAAGUUUCCUGAAAAGCUUGCACAUAUAUAUCACAAAAAUUCUACAUUCAAGCGUGAACUGAAGAGGUGCAUUCGAGAAUCAUCAACUAUCAAGGAUUUUGAAGAUGAUUGGAAGCGCAUAAUGGUUGAGUAUAACUUGCAGGAAAAUGGUUGGCUUCAAAGGUUAUUUGAUAUUAGAGAGUCAUGGAUACCAGUUUAUAAUAGGAACACUUUUUUUGCCGGUAUGAAUACUACACAACGGAGUGAGAGCAUUAAUUCUUUUUUUGACUCCUUUGUUAAUUCAACCACAACACUACAAGACUUUGUGGUAAAAUUUGAGAAGGCCAUUAACAAUCGAUAUGAGGCUGUAAAAAGAGAAGAUUUUGAGUCACGACAUAAGUCACGCACUUUGACUAUUGGCUCAAAAAUUGAAGAACAUGCUGCCUCAAUUUAUACAAGAAAUGUGUUUGUUAAGUUUUAUAAUGAGCUUGCAAGUGUUAGCCAUUUUACAAAGGAGAAGAUUGAGAAAAACGAUUCACAUUGUAAGUAUCGGGUAUCUAAUUGUUUUGAUACUCGAGAUUGUUCUAUAGUUGAUAUAAAUUUGGAAUCAAAGAAUGCUACAUGUGGCUGUCAUCUUUUUGAAUUUAUGGGAAUACUAUGUAGGCACAUUUUGGUGAUUUUUCAAGCAAAAAACAUUAUUCAAAUUCCUAGUCAGUACAUAUUGCAGCGUUGGACAAAAGAGGCCAACAAAUGUAUAGAGUCGUGUGACAUUGAAAAUUGGAAUCAUGAAUCAAAUGUUUUGAGAAGUAUGCAUGUGCAACGUCAAUUUGACAAGUUUUCUGAUUUGGCUAAAAGAUCUGAAGAUGCAUACAAGUUUAUUAUAUCAGAACUUGAUCGCAUUUACAAUAUGGCCAAUACAAUGGGAAUGGAAAUUCUAGAUGUCAAUGAAGAUCCUAUAGAGUUAAAUCAACAGAAUUUGACAUGUGACACAACAAAUGAUGUUUCAGAUUUCAAUAUUAAAGACCCAUAUGUUUCACAUACAAAAGGAAGAAGAAGAAAGGAUUCUGACAAAGUCCCUCUGACAGGGAGGUUUAAGAGUGGUCUUGAAUUAUCGAUGAACAAGACAUUGACUAUCCUAGCUAGUUUCUUGGCUGAGAAAGACUGUAACAAGGUGAUUGCUGCUGCAAGAAGGACACUACGUUUUAGGAAUGGGGCUCUCCCAUCUAGUUUCAAGGUUGUUAGUACAAGGAGCUGA